AUGAAUGAGAAAGGUUUGACUGGUUUAGCUAGGGAGUAUCAUGAUCUUGAUCAUAGUGGUCCCGUCUCGGCGGCUCACACGGCAUUUACUAUGAACAUGAUGAAAAAUAGGUAUUCUGAUGUUUUGUGUAUCGACGAGACCAGAGUACCUUUGAAACUUGGAACUCGCAGUGGUGAUGAUUACAUUCACGCCAAUUACGUUAAUUUUCCUGAAUUGAAGAAUAAAUUUAUAUGCACUCAGGGGCCCUUACCGACGACUCGUAAUGACUUCUGGUCUAUGGUUUUUCAAGAAAGAGCAGAAACAAUACUGAUGCUGUGCAGGCCUAAUGAGGAAGGGAAGUUGAAGUGCGCUGUUUACUGGCCUGAUAGCGGUGAGAAGUUGGAGCUGGAUACUGUAACUGUAGAAAAUAUUGGUGAAGAAGAAACGGACUUCAACACAGUUUUAUUCAGAGUGUCUCUUAAUGAUAGCGCCAAAGCUAACUGUACUAUAAAUACCGAACCUUUGGUGGUCAAGCAGCAUAGAUGGGACAAGUGGCCAGAUAGGGGUAUACCGAGCCACGAAAUUGCCAUGGUACCUUUAAAACUGCUGUCUUACGUGAGGAAUACACAAGCGCCCUGCAUUGUUCAUUGUUCCGCUGGGAUCGGAAGAACUGGUACUGUUAUUGCUAUUGAAAUGGGUAUUCAACGACAGUUUUGUUUUCUGUAUUUUAAGAUUGUCAAAGACCUAAGGAAACAAAGAGCUCAAUGUAUACAAACUGAAGUUCAGUAUCUUUAUUUUGGACGUGUGUUAGUUGAAUAUGCAGUGUCGCAAAAUUUAUUGAAAGACGAUGCUAAGUCCGCUGCUGAUAAUUUCCUUAAAGAAUAUGAUUCACAAAGAAAAGAGCAAAUGAUAUUGUGUUAA